GGAAUCGUAUAGGCUUUUAUGGAUGUGAAUGCUUUUGUGUGAUCUGUGAUUUUAACUGUGAGCUCUAUGCAUUUGUAUGCUACAGUGCCUGAACUUUUCCUAAACUUCCCCAGAGCAACGUCUUAAUUCUUUGCUGGAAAAAAUUAACUAUCCUACUUAUUCUAAUGUCUUUUUUAGGAGACAGUCAAAAUGGAAUUUGGGAUCAUACAAUGGAGAAUAACUACUAAUAUUGUUCUCCCAUCUCAAUAAAGUGGGGACAUGGCCAAGGAGAACUGCACCACUGUGGCAGAGUUCAUUCUCCUUGGAUUAGCAGAGGUCCCUGAAUUGAGAGUCUUCCUCUUCCUGCUGUUUCUUCUCAUCUAUGGAGUCACAGUUUUUAGCAACUUGGGCAUGAUUGCACUGAUUCAGGUCAGCUCUCGACUUCACACACCCAUGUACUUUUUCCUCAGUCACUUGUCCUUUGUGGAUUUCUGUUACUCCACAAUCAUUGUGCCAAAGAUGCUAGCUAAUAUCUUAAAUGAAGACAAAACUAUUUCCUUCCUGGGAUGCACUGUGCAAUUCUACUUGUUUUGCACAUGUCUGGUAAGUGAGGUCAUCCUGCUGGCUGUGAUGGCCUAUGACCGUUUUGUGGCCAUCUCUAACCCACUGCUGUAUAUGGUCAUCAUGUCCCGGAAUCUCUGUGUGGAGCUGGUGUCCUGCUGCUACCUCUGUGGGACUGCGUGUUCUCUGAUUCACUUGUGUUUAGCUGUUGAGAUCCCAUCCUAUAGGUCAAAUGUGAUUAAUCACUUUUUUUGCGAUCUACUCCCUCUCUUAUCUCUUGCUUGUUCUGAUGUCACUAUGAAUGAGCUGUUGCUAUACAUUGUGGCCACUUUCAAUGAAAUCAUCACCAUCAUGAUCAUCCUCACCUCUUACUUGUUUAUUCUCAUCACCAUCCUGAAAAUGCACUCUGCAGAGGGAAGAUGCAAAGCCUUUUCUACGUGUGCCUCCCAUCUCACAGCCAUUGUUGUCUUCCAUGGGACAAUCCUUUUCAUUUAUUGCCAGCCCAGUUCUGGCAACAAUAUGGAUACUGACAGAGUAGCCACGGUGUUCUACACUGUAGUGAUCCCCGUGCUGAAUCCCCUGAUCUACAGCCUGAGGAACAAGGAUGUGAAAGAAGCUCUCAGAAAAGUAGUGGGCUGCAAAGUAUUUUCCUAG